UAUAAUAUAUUGUUGAAAGUUAAACUUGAUUUAAAAAUUUAUAUUACUUCGCAUUAUUAUAAAUAUGACAUCACAUUACAUAUGUGAUAACGCCAAAAUAGUCUUUUGCAAAAAAUAUUUAUACUUCGGUGAUUUAAAAGUAUGAGGUUAUAACAAAUUCCGGUGUUUGAGUUUGUCUGUUGUGAAUCAAAAAACGUAAUUAAGAAAUUAACGUUAGAAAUGCAACGAUUGUAGUUAUUUUAUAAAUUAGAUUUGCUUAUUUUUGAUACAAUGAAAGAAAAUGUAGAUAUUUUAAAAAAGGGUACAGCAAUUAUUACUGCCAAACCUUUUUCUUUUGUUUUAAGUUCGAAGCAAAAAACUAUUCGAUGCGAUAAUUGUCUUAAAAGUGGAAAACUUUUUAAGUGUUCUGUUUGUCAAUACGUAUAUUAUUGCAAUCGUAUUUGCCAAAAAGAAGCUUGGUCAGUACAUAAGAUAGAAUGUCCAAAUUUGAAAAGGAUAUCACCAAAAAUUAUACCCGAUGCUGCAAGACUCAUGGCUCGUAUAAUUAUAAAACUUCAUCAAGGUGGAGGAGAAGAAAUGGGAUAUUAUUCAGAGACAAAUUAUAGAAAAUUUAAAGAUCUUAUGUCUCAUUAUUCUGACAUUAAAAAAGAUGUAAAACGAAUGGAACAUUUUACUUCAUUGUGUGGAGUCUUAUUCGAAUUUCUUGGAAAUAUACCUAUACCAAAUUCUGCAGAGUUAAUGGGUAUUUAUGGUAGAAUAUGUAUUAAUUCCUUUAAUAUAUUAGACCCAGAUAUGAAUAGUAUUGGAGUUGGUAUUUAUCUGGCACCGUCCGUAAUUGAUCACAGUUGCAAACCUAACGCUGUAGCUGUAUUCGAAGGAACUACAAUUAUUAUACGAACACUUGAAGAUCUUCCAUGUUUGAAUUGGUCACAGAUAAAAAUAUCAUAUAUCGACCUACUCAAUUCAACUAAAGAUAGAUGUGAAGAAUUACAGAAUUUAUACUAUUUUCUGUGUGAUUGUCAAAGAUGCAUGCAACCAGAGCCAAUGGCAACAGCUGCUGCUUGUCCAAAAACGUCUUGUACAUAUCCAAAUUCUUUUGAUGCUAUUAUAUGUAAAAAAUGUAAUGCAAAAUUUCCAUCAAAUUUUAAAGCGAUAUUUGACGAAGUUAAGGAGUUCACUGCCCAUCAUUUACAAGAUAUGAAAAAUAUGGCUUAUCUUGAUGUGAGUAAAAUAUGCUUAAAAAAGCAAGAAGGUGUUCUACAUACAUUCAAUAUCCAAUAUAUACGUACUUUAGAAGCAGCAUUCGAUGCAUCUGUAAAUUUAAAUUCAUGGGAAGAAGCAGAACAUUAUGGAAAAAAACUUAUACCAGGAUAUUUGUUAUAUUAUGGAGAGAUACACCCUUUAACUGGAUUAUUAUAUCUUAUGACAGGAAAAAUUCAAUUAUAUCUGAAUAAAGCAAAGCAAGCUUAUGAUACGUUAAGGAAAGCGCAUUCUGUAUUAACAAUAACGCAUGGAGAAAGACAUUCUUUAUUGUCUGAAAAUUUGAAACCUCUCUUAUAUCAAGCUAUGAAUGCUGUUAAAGACUUGUAGUUUUGAUGGUUAUUUAUUUAGUAAAAUAUAUAGUAGUAAUAA